CGCUUGAUGAGACAGUGCAGGAGGAGGAGGAGAGGGCGGCAGGUGCAACGGACACCCAGCGCAAUCACCGGCGCUCGGCAAAAGCAGCGACAGGAAAUCAAGGUUGUCUUGGCAACCUGGCACUAUCGAUUAAGCGCGGCCGACUCCGAGCUCACAUCAGAGUCCCGAUGGAAAUGGUGCUGCGUCGGGUUUCAGGAGAGGAGAGGAGUGGAGGGAGGAGGAGGAGGAGGAGGAGUUGAUGAUGGACUAAGAGAAAGAGGAAAAGGAGUAGCAGUGACUAACUACAAUAAUGUGGUGGAAGCCGGCUCAGACUCAGAUGACGAGGACAAGCUGCACAUCGUGGAGGAGGAGGGCAGCCUGGCUGACGGGGCCGACUGCGAAAGCACCCUGCCAGACGAUGAGCACCCCAGGGAGCGCUGCUGGGACGGAGUGAAGGAGGAUUGCGUGUCAGAUGGCGAGGAUGACGUGAGCACAGACGCCCUCGUGGAGGAGAUGCUCCAGCAAGGAGACACGGCCGUCAUCUACCCAGAGGCCCCGGAGGACGAGCCUCAACGCCAGGGUACCCCUGACACCGGUGUCCAUGAUGAGAACGGAACCCCUGAUUCAUUCUCUCAGCUGCUCACCUGUCCAUACUGCGCACGAGGCUACAAGCGUUACAGCUCCCUGAAGGAGCACAUCAAGUACCGGCACGAGAAGACCGAGGAGAGCUUCAACUGUCCAGAGUGCAGCUACAGCUUCGCGUACCGUGCUCAACUGGAGAGGCACAUGACGGUCCACAAGGGCGGACGGGAUCAGAGACACAUCACACAGUCUGGAGGCAAUCGUAAAUUCAAGUGCACUGAAUGUGGCAAAGCAUUUAAAUACAAGCAUCAUCUGAAGGAGCACCUACGCAUCCACAGCGGAGAGAAACCCUAUGAGUGCUCCAACUGCAAGAAGCGGUUCUCCCACUCAGGCUCAUACAGCUCCCACAUCAGCAGUAAGAAGUGCAUCAGUGUCAUCUCAGUUAACGGCAGACCACGCCUGGGGAACGCCAAAGCCCAGAUCCAGGGUCCAUCACCAGUGCUGCCAACGCCGCCCUCAGUCCUCCGCACCCAGAUUAGAGAGAAGCUGGAGCACAGCAAGCCCCUGCAGGAGCAGCUGCCCCUCAAUCAGAUCAAGACUGAACCCGUGGACUACGAGUACAAGCCGACAGUGUUAACAUCCCCAGCUGUGACCGCCAUGAACGGUGGGAUUUUCAACGGAGGUGCUGCCGCUCCUCUACAGGGCACAGUCCAGGCCGUGGUCCUGCCCACUGUGGGGCUGGUGUCACCCAUCAGCAUCAACCUGACAGACCUGCAGAAUGCUCUCAAAGUGGCGGUGGACGGCAACGUCAUUCGUCAGGUGCUGGAAAGCAACGCCAAAGGCCAGGGACAGGUGAACUCGGGGUUAACCACUGGAACUCUCCAUGCCCCACAGCAGCAACUCAUCUCAGCCAUCAGUCUGCCUAUUGUGGGUCAAGACGGUAAUGCAAAAAUCAUUAUAAACUACAGUUUGGACCCCAACCAGGGCCAGCUCACAGCCCAAAACCUGAAGAAAGAACCUGAGCCAGACUCACCAGCUCAGACCACCACUGACAUCUUCAAGUCCCAGAAGCUCCCAGAAGAUCUUACCAUCAAAGGCACCAGGCACAACGAGAUGAAAGAAAAAGAGGAAAAGACCACUAAAACUUGUCUCCUGUGUGAUAACUGUCCCGGUGGGCUGGAAACACUCCAUGCCCUCAAGCACUGCAAGGCAGAUGGUCUCAGGCUGAACGGAGCAGGCCUGGAUAAGUCUGAGUCUGCUGUCGCUGCCCUGCUGUCAGAGGGAGGACUCUGCAGCCAGCCCAAAAACCUCCUGUCCCUGCUCAAGGCCUACUUUGCCUUAAAUGCAGAGCCGACCAAGGAUGAGCUGGCCAAGAUCUCUGACUCCGUCAGCCUGCCAAUCCAUGUGGUUAAAAAGUGGUUUGACAAAAUGCAAGAGGGUCAGAUAUCACUUGGUGCCCCAACACCUCCCUCAGAGGAAGAGGACACCUGUGAAGCUAACAGCGUGGUCUCUCUGGUCCCAGGGAAGGACAUGGCCAACAUGAGCCCUUCUGUGACCCAGGAUAGCCCAACAGAAGCCACCCCAGCAGAGGUCAACGGCACUCACAGCUCACCGGCCUCCCCCUCGCCACUAAACCUGACAGCCGGUGGUCCCGUCCCAGCCCAGCCUACCCAGAGCACUGAGGGACCCCUAGACCUGUCGCUGCCAAAGCCAGCCAGAGAGGAGAUGGAGCAAGUGGUGACCAAAGCCCGUGUCUUUGCGUCCCCUUCCUCUGGCACUACCAACGUGGAUGAACCCCUAAACUUAACUUGCACAAAGAAAGAGGCAUCGCCACCCUCAGCCAUGGGCACCAGCCCCAUUGCACUGUACGCCCCCCAGGCAGGUGCCAAACACCUCGACAUUGUGACCGCAGUGCGAUGCCUAAGGGCGCUUACAACAACCACCAAACAGACUAUCCUGAUCCCACAGCUGGGUUUAACCUAUACCACUACAGCAAGCAGCCCUGCGGGGACCCAGACGCAGGAGACCAUCCACAUCAACGGAGUGAAGGAGGAGAAGCAGGACUCAGAGGGCGUAUCCACUGUGGAGGAGCAGAACGACUCGGACUCGGGCCCUCAGAGGAAGAAGAUGAAGAAGACGGACAGUGGCAUGUACGCCUGCGACCUAUGUGACAAGAUCUUCCAGAAGAGCAGCUCGCUGCUGAGACACAAAUACGAACACACAGGGAAGCGACCUCAUGAGUGCGGCAUCUGCAGCAAGGCCUUCAAACACAAACACCACUUGAUCGAACACAUGCGGCUCCACUCGGGGGAGAAGCCAUACCAGUGCGACAAGUGUGGCAAGCGCUUCUCCCACUCGGGCUCCUACUCGCAGCACAUGAACCACCGCUACUCCUACUGCAAGAAGGAGACGCAGAGCUUAGGCGGAGGCCCAGAGAGCCCUAUGGAGGAUGGCGAGGCCCAGGCCGAGAUGGAGGCCCUGAGCCGAGUGCACCUGGCCCCCUCCCAGCUGGACUCUGACGAGCGAGGGAGCAGCACCAGAGAGGACGAGGAGAGCGAAGAAGAGGAGGUGGAAAGUGCGGUGGACAUGGAUGACAUCCAGGUCGUGCAGAUAGGUGACGAAGGAGGAGAUGAGGAGGAGGAGGAGGAAGAGAGGAAUGAUGAGGCGAUCGAGAGAGUAUUAAUGGAAGAAGGAGGAGAGGAGGAGAAGACAGAGAUGGAAGUGAAAGAGGAAGAAGAGGAGGCUGACACGAGGCAGGAGGAGGUGCUGGGAAGCAUCGGGGAAGAGAUGGAUGGAGAGGAGGAGGCGAUGGAUACAGAAGAGGGGGUGACGGAAGAGGAGAAAGCAGAGGAGGAGGAGGUCACAGAGGAGAGUGGAGGCGAAACAAACAGGAACACGGUUUCUGAAGACUAGAACCAGACGCUGCAGGAGAAAGGAGAUAUUGACUAAAAGAGGAAUCAGACUCCUCCAUGGGACACAAUCAGAGUCCUCCUCUCCCCGUGCAGAGGAACAACGCAGGAGAUGAUGUCUGACAGUUCGUUUCAGUUCACUACUGUGUAGAAAUCCAGGUGUGCCUGAAAAAAAUACUAGUGACUUUUCCACAGGAGAACGAUUUCUCACUGUUAGAAAAAUCCAUUUGUAAAGAAAAUGAUGAAGACGAACAAAAAUUUUAACAAACGAAGGAAAUGCAUUAUACAGACUUUGGAAGCUAGAGCCGACACGUUUUAGAUAAUGUUUUAUUACUAAAACACCUUGGGUCAUUUCUUUUUAUCAGUGUUACUAAUUUUAUCACUCAUAUUUUAACCUUUAAAAGCUGUACAGUUGGGAGAUAUUUCUAUACCUUUUUAUUGCCAAUGAACAAAAAAAGUCAGUAUUUUAUUAAGUUGGAAGGAAAAUAAGAAAAAUCCUGUGCACUACAAGUGGCUUGGUUUACCUAUGGAUUGAGCAGUUGAGUUGUGUUGUCUACCCUUCAGUAUUACCGCACUAGAUGUACCACACCAUCACGCUAGCAGAUGCUAGCAUAACAUGUCUUUUUGGUGUUCUUUUUGAUUGGAUUGCGAGCCUUAAGUAGAAAAAAACAACGGAGAGCAGACGGGUCUUUUCAGUCAUUUAGUACCUUUUAGACACAUCGUGUCAACGUUUCUUUACAAAUCAGUGUUUCAGAGGAACAGUUUGACAUUUUGGGGGAUACGCUUGUCUCUUUUCUUGGUUACAUUUAGAUGAGGAGGUCGAAAACACACUCAUAAUGCGUCAACAGCCCGUUAGCUUAGCUUUAGCACAGCAUGAAGAGCGGAACAGAGGCUAAAGCUAAAGUUGCUCAAGCUAACAGUGAUUUCCUGCUUAUCUACUGCCCCACACUCCAGCCCAGUAGGUGGCGGUAAUGCAUGCCAGACUAUUUCUGACUUCCAGGCAGUGCUAACGACCUUCUUAUUUAACUCUUAGCGAGAAAGCAAAGAAGAGUAUUUCCCCAAAAAUGUCACACUGUUGCUUUAAAUGUUCAGAGCGAGCAGAAAGGGGAUGUAGAAAACUGUCUGACCCUCUCUAUACCUACCCCCUGAACCCUCACCCCACCCCCACUCCGAGCCAUAUGCAAAAAAAGUCGAACUAAAACAAGAGAAACAUGCAUAUCAAAAGUGCCAUUGAAUAUUGCUGUUGAAGCUUAGCAGCUAUGAUCAGGUAUUGCCGGGUCCUAGAUCAACCAAUAAGCCGGAAUACUGUUGACUUUGGCUCGCCACCACACCUGAGAGAGUUUAGCCUACCACGUAUCCAUGUAUCAUAGAUUUUAGAUAAGCUUGUUUCUAAUCUGAGCGGCUAAAAGAAUUACAAUGCACAUGUUUUCUAAUGGAUGAUGAUGAAGUAUGAUUUCUAAAUGUUAACUGUGUCCUGCCUUUUCAAAGCUUAUUCAGUGCACUUGUUUAACACACCAUGAAACGCUCAGAUGUCUCUUCAGGUAACAAAAUGUAGGCAAAUAUGAAUCCCAGGAGUUUAAUUCAACAAUGUUUUUACCUGUCAGUAUUAUUUUUUGUCUCUUAUGUUGGUGUAUGUUCUGUUUCAGUGUGUGUACUGUAUGUUUUCAGCAAUGGCAGUAUUAUCCCCACCCCCAAGGAGAUGGGUAUGUCUGUUUAGUCAUAGAGAACUUUUAUAUUUAUGUGUCUUAUUUUUUAUAUUUCUUUAUGGUUAUUUAUUACACUAUGUAGUGUACAAUACUGUAGUUUGUAUUAAUACGAUAAUAUAUUUUAGUAUGGAAAAAAAAGAUUCAAAGGCAAAUAACUACACGCCUGGAAAAAUGAGACUCCAACAUACUGAAGUAUGUUUUUCGAACAAACAAAAUGAUGUUUUUCUUUGGGAAAAAAAGAAACUCGCACCCUGCAAGCCUGAAAAUUGGAACCUGUGACCUCUCUGCAUCCAUUCUCAUGUUAGUUUAGUUUUCUUUCCCC